AUGGCCCCAGCAUCAAACGCGAAGGCUAACUACAAGACCUACGAGGCUCAGGCCCGUAUGGUUCGCGCUAUCGUGGCUGCGCACCCUGAAAUCAAGUGGAACUACAAGGAAAUCGCCGCCUGUUAUGGCUCCGAUAUGACUGAUCAUGCCCUAAACCAUCGUUUCCGAAAGGUUCGGGCCUCAACCAAUAUUAUCAGCAUUGCGCGUGCCCAGGGCUUCGAUAUGAAGGACUUGACCACCGACGAGAACCUGCUCCCUUCUACCCAGCAAGCUAUCGACAAGAACAACAUCGCCAAAUACUUUGGACAAUCCACUACCGACGGAAUUCAGUUUCAGUUCCGCACUAUCAAGAAGGACGCCGAGGCUCUCCGUCAAACUGCUAACAACGGCGGUGAUGUUGCCGGCUGCUUGAACCUCGGUACUGGCGCUGGUCCCAACACCCCUUCCAAGCCUACUCCCACCCGCGGCCAGGCAAGCCGCUCAGGAAAGGGAUCCAAGCGCAAGAGUUCACUUCCAGUUCACCCUAUCAAGCGCUCCGCUUCGGAUGAUGAAGACGAGGAUGACAUGAACUUUGACGAGCUUGACUACACUCCGUCCAAGAGAACCAAGACCACUGGCCGUGGGGUCACUCCUCGCACAGCUGGCCGGAAAGCCGCUGCUACUAUCGCCGAAUCUUCCGCCCAGUAUCCAGACAGUGAGUCCCCUAAUGAAGACGCGCCCACUCCUACACCUGCCACUGUCAGCCAGUUUUCUUAUACUGGCCAUGCCGGUCACGUCAACUACCCUGUCGCCAGCGUCCCGACAUUCCCUCCUUCUACCAGCGUCUCCUCUGCCUCGAUCUUUGGCGAUGCCGAACGCAAGCAUCAGCUUUCUAUGACGGCUACGACUGCCGCGACUGCUCCUCGCGAUCUUGGCAUCAUGGCGUCUGGUCGAUCAGAGUUCUCUGGCGCUUUCGCGAACGACGACGACGACGUUCUCGCGCCCCCUAUUGACGAUGAACACUACUUCGACUGGGGUAAUGGAGAGAUCUAA